AUGAGGGCUGAUAUGUUCAUGGAUGAGGUGAGGUACAAAUGCAAGACCGGGGGUUUGAGAAACCUUGACCAAGCCCUGUCUUGGUUCCACGGAAUGAUCAGAUUGCGGCCCUUGCCUCUCGCUGCUGAUUUUGCCUUGCUCUUGGGGGUCAUCGCAAGACCUCUCUGGCCCUCGGGCUUGCUAGAGAAGUGGGAGGGCAGAAGCAGCAGCAGGGUGAAUGUCGUUACGUACAACACGGUAGUCAUGGGCCUAUGCAAGGAAGGGCAGUUGGCGGAGGCUUUUAAGCUCUUCAAGAAGAUGAUGGAUAAAGGUGUUGAACCCACUGUUGUCACAUAUGACACCUUGAUUCAUGCUGUGUGCUCUGCAGAACAUUGGGAAGAGGAUGGGAUGUUAUCCGAGGCAGAAUCUACUUUUGAUGCUAUGAUUCAAAGAGGUAUCGAGCCUGACGUUGUCACGUACAAUUCAUUGAUCGCUGGAUAUUGUCUUCAAAAUCAAAUGGAUGGAUAUUGUAAGGGGAAAGCAAUGGACAAAGCAGGGAUAAUUUACCGUGAUAUGUUUCAGAAAGGCUUGACUCCUGACCAUGUAACAUACAACAUUAUUAUUGGGGGCUUCUGUCAGAUUGGCAAAAUGCAGGCUGCGGAGGAGCUUUAA